GUUAUCUGAAAUCAGGAGGGAAUUAUCGUCAUCAGAUUUUUAUCCAAAAUUCGAUGAGUUUUUGUAAAUUCUCGUAAAAAAUUCCGCAGUUUUUUUGGACCACUCGGAACUUGCAGUUUUACAAAUUCAGUUGAUUUAUUUACUUUUCGAGAAAAUGUGCAUCGACUUCCUAGUGAAGUAUGAGUUUGCAUUACUAGUCGAAGUUACGUCAAUUUAAAAAAAUAGCCAAGUGCUUAAACAAGUAUCUUGGACAUGUUGGGCCAAAAAAAUGAGACGAGUGGGACGAUUAUUCUUACAAAUUGUACAGCAAUCGUUUCACUGAUACUUUUCAACUGUACAUGGAUACUACAGUACUAUCUAUAUAUAUUUAAGACAGAAAUGUCGAGUUGGUGACGACGAUGGUGGUGGUACAAUUUGUCCAUAGUUUUCCGCACCCUCUUGAGAAUGAGUUUUAUGCCGAUUGGAAAGCUCCUAGUCACUACUGGGUACUCUCGAGGUCCUCAGCAUGCCCAGUUACGUUUAUUUUUAUGUCAGAGCAGUCUGCGAUGAUAAUGGAAGCGUUAAAAACGAGAAAUUCGUCAAAGGGAAUGCUGAGCUGCUGGAUGUGCAAAUACCGAGGGACAUCUGGGAAACUCUUGGUCGGUAUAAUCUUCUCUCGAGGAAUCUAAGGGGGGGUCUCACGGGGUGUGGAGACAUUCAUCAUCCCGCUAAGGUCGUGUUCAAGCUAGGAGAGAAAGGAUCAGGUUUCAGAGCUCAGGGAGCAGUUCAGGAUUUCAAUCAACUCCGUCAACAAUGUCUUCAAUCUGGACAAUUGUUCGAGGAUCCAGAGUUCCCGGCGGAGGAUUCGUCCCUCUAUUUCUCUCGCCGUCCGGCCGGAUACAUAGAAUGGAGGCGUCCAAUGGAAAUUGCGGACAAUCCUCGAUUAUUCGUCGAGGGAUUCUCCAGAUUCGAUGUCCAGCAAGGAGAACUGGGGGACUGCUGGCUACUCGCUGCAGUUGCCAAUCUCACCAUGUAUCCACAUUUAUUCUUUCAAGUUGUUCCGGAGGAUCAAGGGUUCGAUGAAAAUUACGCUGGGAUCUUUCACUUCAGAUUCUGGCAGUACGGUAGAUGGGUGGAUGUAGUGAUAGACGAUCGUCUUCCAACGUCCCACGGUAAAUUGAUGUACCUCAGUUCAGCAGAAAACAACGAAUUUUGGAGUGCACUAUUGGAGAAAGCUUAUGCUAAACUUCACGGCUCCUACGAGGCAUUAAAGGGUGGUACAACCUGUGAAGCCAUGGAGGACUUCACAGGAGGGGUCACCGAAAUGUAUCAGAUGGAGGAAACUCCCCCGAAUCUCUUCAGCAUUCUGCUGAAAGCCUAUGAGAGGAACUCGAUGAUGGGCUGCUCAUUGGAGCCAGAUCCCAAUGUUCUUGAGGCCGAGACACCCCAGGGUCUCAUCAGAGGACAUGCCUAUAGUAUCACCCGAGUAAAAUAUGUGGACAUUCAGACUCCCAAUCAGUCCGGAAGAAUUCCACUGCUGAGGCUGAGGAAUCCCUGGGGCAAUGAGGCGGAGUGGAACGGCCCCUGGAGUGAUGGAUCUCCAGAGUGGAGAUUCAUACCAGAUCACGAGAAAGCGGAGCUGGGACUCACGUUCGAUAUUGAUGGAGAAUUUUGGAUGUCUUUUCAAGAUUGGAAGAGAUUCUUUACUAAUUUGGAAAUUUGUAAUUUGAAUCCUGAUUCUCUUAGUGAGGAUGAUCUUAAUUCGGGGAAGAAGAGGUGGGAGAUGAGUGUCUUUGAGGGGGAGUGGGUAAGGGGAGUCACUGCCGGGGGGUGCAGAAAUUUCUUAGAAACAUUUUGGCACAAUCCUCAGUAUAUCGUGACCUUAGAAUACCCUGAUGAGGGCGAUGAUAAGUGUACCGUGAUUGUAGCACUGAUGCAGAAGAACAGGAGAGCUCAGAAACGAAUGGGUGCAGAUUGUUUGACGAUUGGCUUUGCCAUUUAUCACCUCGAAUACCCAGAACGAUUGCCAAAACCUCUGGACGUUAAUUUCUUCAAGUAUAAUGCGUCUGUUGCCAGAUCACCUUCGUUUAUCAAUCUGAGGGAAGUCAGCUGUCGAUUCAAACUGCCACCUGGUACAUAUUGUAUCGUCCCUAGUACUUAUGAUCCCAAUGAGGAGGGUGAAUUCUUAUUGAGGAUAUUCUCUGAGAAUAAAAACAGCAUGGAGGAAAAUGAUGAAUCUGUUGGCAUUGGAGAAGUCGAUGACAGGGUAAUUAAUCGUGGAAAUGAAGUUAGGAGAGGAGGGGACCACAGUGUCAGAGACCAGCCAGAGCCAGAUCGCAACGAAGAAAAAAUUCGUGACUUUUUCCGGAAGCUCGCUGGGGACGACAUGGAGGUCGAUUGGAUGGAACUAAAAGAGAUCCUGGACUACGCCAUGCGUAAAGAAAUCCCACAAACCCGACAUAAUGAAGCACAUCCAUCAAAUACUGAGCAAGAUGGCUCUAUGGUGGAUUUCAUCAUCUCCCUACUCUGCGGAAUUAUUUGUAAUAAUGAACAGUACGGUAAACCUGUAGAAAUGCAUAAUGAGGGAUUCAGCAAGGACAUUUGUCGUAGUAUGGUGGCUAUGAUGGAUACCGAUCACUCCGGGAAAUUAGGGUUCGAAGAGUUCCUGACACUAUGGACUGAUAUAAAGAAUUGGAGGGCUGUAUUCAAAUUAUACGACCAGACUGGCUCCGGAUACCUCAGUGCCUUUGAGCUGCGACAGGCUCUUAACAGUGCUGGAUAUCGAUUGAACAAUCACAUUCUGAAUAUUCUCGUUCAUCGAUAUGGAACUAAGGAUGGACUCAUUCACUUUGACGACUACAUCAUGUGCGCUGUUCGACUAAAAACUAUGAUCGACAUCUUUCAGGAACGCGAUCCCAAGCGUACUAACUCAGCCACGUUCACAUUGGAAGAGUGGAUGGAGAAAACAUUGUAUUCAUAAAUGUAGCAUAAUGAUGCAUUCAUCUUGAAAAAACCUAAAUUAUUUUAAAUUAUUUGAAAAACAUGUUAUCUGUUAUUGGCAUUUAAAUUGGAUGGCCUUUGGCUAUUGAUGAUUAAUGAAUAAUUAAUUGAUCAUGUGAUUGUUAAUUAUUCAUUUAACUGAUUCAGAAGAAGCAAUUUUUUUACAUAAAAAACUAAAAAUUGUGAAAUACGUCCACUUUCAGGCAUUAAUUGAAUGUUCAUGUUCGAUAAUUAAUAAUCAUUCGUUAGUCUACCUCUAUGUGCCUCAUUGUCUUGCAUUUCUUCUCAUGGAUACAAUAAUAAUCAUCACAAUAACAAUUAUUGGUUUUAAUGACCAUAAACAUCUGGUAUAUGAUAUAUUCAGGGAUAUAAUUAAAAUAACGAAUACGAAAAGUAAUAUAUUUUGGUCAUACUUCGAACUCUUGUUAGAACUUCUUUUCUUCCAAUUUUACGGAAUGAAAUCUAUUGAGUGGUAAUUGUGGAAUCGAUUGUACUGGGAGUAUAUUUUCUAAUAAAUUGUCAUGACGUAUUGUAAUAUUUCAAA